AUGGUGCGUCAGCUCCACGAUGGCGUGAUGGCGCAAUUCACGGACAAUGAUGCUGCCUCAGAAGAAUUCGCAGUGAUCAACGGAGUGAAGCAUGGCUGCACCCUCGCGCCUACUCUCUUUAGUCUCAUUUUCACUGCCAUGCUGAUAGACGCCUACCAUGACGAAAGCCCUGGGAUUUGCUUCGCCUAUAGGACAGACGGCCACCUCCUCAACCACCGGAAGAUUCACUUCCAGUCGCAUGUAUCCACAACCACCGUCCACGAACUUCUGUUCUCCAAUGAUUGCGCCCUCAAUGCAUCUACUGAAGGGGACAUGCAAAGAAGCAUGGAUCUCUUCUUCUCUGCCUGCGAGAACUUUGGCCUGGUCAUCAAAACGGAGAAGACGGUGAUUAUGCACCAACCACCUCCAGACUCUGCCUACGUCGCACCCUAA